CAUUUUCUCGGCCCAGCUGCUAGAAAUUUUGCCCGCGUUUGCCUUGUAAACUCCUUGUGAACGUUUAAAUUUUACCUGUUUUGAGCUUUUAUUAGGUGUUUAUUGUAAUUAAAAGCACUUUUUAUAAGUUUGUGUGGAUUACCUGUGGAAUAAUUCGACUUUGGAAGUGAUCGACGCCUGAAAUCGCAUUACUGGGAUUGCAACGUUGCAAUAGAAUUUCGUCUUGUGAAUUUAGAAUCCAGCCACAUAAUGCCUGCAACCAAUGAUACAGCCGUUGUCACAGAGCAGCCUACAAAAGAGGUGGAGACAAAAUCGACAACAAAAGAAGUGGAGAAGGAGAAACCACAAGUAGCUGAGAAGAAGGUGGAAGAAGGAGACGCCGAUAAAGCAGCGGGUGGAGAUGGGGAGAACGGUGAUAAAGCUGGUGGGAAGGAGGAGAACGGUGAUAAAUCUGGUGGGGAUUCAGGAAAAAAGGUGGACGAGAAGGCGGAAUCUGGUGGGGAUGUAGAAGAAAAGGUGGAGGAUACAGGAAAAGGGAAAGAAAAUGGUAGCGGGGAGGGAAAAGUGGAAGAAAAUGGUAGUGGGGAUGUGAAAAGUGAGAAGGGUGAUGAUAAACCGGUGGAAAAAGUUAAGACUCCGUCAAAGGAGGACUACGAAACAGGUGCGUCACUUUUGGCUCAGGGUAAACGACAUCUGUACGUCAAAGAUUUCCCAUCAGCUGUGACCACUCUCAGCUUGGCCUGCGCCAAAAUCAGUGCCGAACAUGGGCAGUUGGCUGAUGAUUGCGCCGAUGGGUACUAUUACUACGGUAGUGCUCUCCUGGAAUUGGCUAGGGAAGAAAUGGCCGUGCUAGGCGAGCCUGAAGCCAACAAAGAGGGUGAAGAGGAGGGGGAUGAUGAUGAAGAAGAGGGUGAGGGUGAGGAGGAGGGUGGUGCGGAUGAGACACUGGAGGCUAGUAAGGUGGAGGAGGAGGGAGAGAAGAAAGAGGGUGAAGGGAAAGAAGGUGAGGAGAAAAUGGAGGAAGGUGAGGGAGGAAAGGAGAAGCAAAGGAAGGGGGAAGAUGAAGAGAAUAUGAAUGUGAAUGAUCUUCAACUAGCCUGGGAGAUGUUUGAUUUGGCGAGGGUUAUCUAUGAGAGACAAAACGACGAGAAGAAGCUAGCGGACACAUAUUUGAAGUUGGGUGAAGUCGCUAUGGAAUCUGAGAACUAUGACGGUGCCGUACAAGAUAUGAACAAAUGUUUGACCAUCCAGCACAAAAUUCUGUCGGCCGACAACCGCGCAAUCGCCGAAACUUUGUUUCAGCUCGGUGUUGCCAGUUCUCUCUGCAACCAGUUUGAGGAAGCCAUCAAGUAUUUCACGAACGCUGGAGUCGUGUUGGAACGCCGCAUCAGGACUUUGACAUCUAGCAAAGCUGUGGAUCCCGAGGUUGUCAAAAAAGACCCGUUUUACACCGUGGAAAAGGAGGUGGCCGAGUUGAAGGCGCUGUUGCCCGAGAUUAAGGACAAAAUCGCUGACAUGGAGGAUUUCAAGCGGGAAGCGUUGAAGGCGCUGAGAGAGGACCUUGGAAACCGGUUGGCUGGCAACAAAGAUGGCGGCGCGUCUACGUCAUCUGCGGCCGGCGGGAGUGGCGCGGCUGAAGGUUCCAGUUCUGCUGUGUCAGCAGCUUCUCCCAGCAAAGCGAGCGGGCCUGUUAAUGAUAUCUCUCAUCUCGUUAGAAAGAAAAGGAAAGCUGAGGAAGUGGUAAGUGAGAAGGAGACAAACGAAGCUAAGAAACCAAACGUUGAGACAACGUCUUCAUAAAUUGAGGAUUGAUAUGUCGAGGACUGAGAAGUUUUGUUGAGGAUGGAAAACUGUUUAAAACUAAAUGAUUAUGUUGAAGAUUGGAUGAAUUUGUUUAAGGCUAAAUGGUUGUGUUGGAGACUAAGGACCGUUUGCACAGAGGGCGAUCAAAUUUUAACCAUGAUUAAUUCCACGUGAACCAAUCAGAGAAGGCCUUAUAAAUAAGACGGUUUCGCUGAUUGGUUGUCGUUAAUCACGAUUAAAAUGUAACCGGCUUUUGUGCAUCGGGCACUAAGUGUUUUUUGAGGAUUAAAUAAAUUUGUUGAGGACUAGAUGGAUCUGUUUGAAACUAGAUGAUUUUGUUGAAGAUUGGAUGUAAAACUAGAUGAUUUUGUCGAGCAUUAAAUGAGUCUCUUUAGGGUUGAAUGAUUGUGUUGGAGACUUAGUGCCAGUUGCACAAAAUCCGGUUAAAUUUUAAACGUGAAUAAUUCCAUGAGAACCAAUCAAAGAAGCAGUCUUUUCAAAAACGCCUCUGGUUCUUGUUAAAUUAAUCACGGUUAAAAUUUAACUAGCUUUUCUGCAACCGGGCCUCAGUGAUUCGGUUGUAGGUCAAGUGAUUGUUUUGUAGACUUAUGCCCGGUUGCACAAAAGCCGGUUAAAUUUUAAUCCUGAUUAAUCUCACGAGAACCAAUCAGGGAAACUGUCUUUUCAAAAAAGCCUCUGGUUCUCGUGAAAUUAAUCAUGGUUAAAAUUUAAAUGGCUCUUGUGCAACCGGGCCUUGAUGAUUUUGUUACUGUAUAAACUAAAUGGAACUGUUUAGGACGAUAUUAAUGCUUAUGUUGUAAGUGAAUGAUUUGGUUGAAAACUCAGUGAGUCUG